AUGUGGAGAGCGGCCGUUCUGGCCUGCAAGGAUGGGGAACAGCGAUGGACAUUCUGUGGGAGGAAGCCUGGAGUUGAUGUGGGCUUUGGGCCUGUGGACUUUCAGUGUAUACGGACGUGGCCUUGCUUCCAAGUCAAAGUAAACAGAUUUGGCCGUAUCAGCCACCUCACAGCCAGGGCUGCUUUCAACUCUGGCAAAGUAGAUACUAUUACCAUCAGUGCCCCCUUAAUUGAUCUCAACUACGUGGUGUACAUGUUUUACAUAUAUGGUUUCAUCCAUGGCAAGUUCAAUGGUACAGUGAAUGCUGAAAGUGGAAAGUCGGUUAUCAAUGAAAAGGUCAUCUUCAUCUUCCAGGAGUGAGAUCCCACCAAGUGGGGUGAUGCUGGCACUGAGUAAGCUGUGGAGUCCCCCACAAUGGAGAAGCCCAGAGCUCACUUGAAGGAUGGAAUUAAAAGAGUCAUCAUCUCUUUCCUUUCUAGUGAUGUCCUUGUAUCUGUGAUAUGUGUAAACCAUGAGAAGCAGGACAGCUAUCUCAAUGUGGUCAGUGAUGACUCCUCCACCUGCUUAGCCUCUACUGCUGAGGUCAUCUCUGACAACUCUGACGUCAUGGAAAGAUUCAUGACUGUAGUCUAUGGCAUCACUGCCACCCAGAAGACCAUGGAUAGCCCAUCCGGGGAAAUGUGGUUUGAUAGCUGUGGGAGUGCUCAGAAUAUCAUCCCUGUAUCCACUGGCAGGGCCGAGGUCAUCGCUGAGCCUCCUGUGUGCCUAUUUUCAACAUGUUGCCUGGAACUGACCUGCCCUCUGGAGGAAGCUACCAAACAUAAACUAAAAGAAGUAGGGCAGCAAGCAUCAGAGUGCCCCAUGAAGGCAUCUGGCUCUACAGAGGAUCAGGUUGUCUCCUAUGACUUUAACAGUGAUACCCACUCUUCUACCUAUGGUGCUGGGCUGACUGGCAUUGCCCUCAACAACCACUUUGUCAUCAUUUCCUGAUAUAACAACGAAUUUGGCCAUAGCAACAGAAUGGUAGACUUUAUGAUCCACAAGGCCUUCAAGGAGUAA